UGUGCUACAGUCGCACCGCGACACCCCCAACGAGUGAAACCGCGCGCGCCCGGCGAUCUCUCUUUCUCUACUCUUCUCUCUCUAGCUCUCUCGUUCUCUAUCUCUCUCUCUCCCUCUCUCUCUCUCUCUCUCUCUCUCUCUGUCUCUCUGUCUCUCUCUCUCUCUCUCUCUCUCUGUCUAUCUAUCUAUCUUAUUCACUCACUCACUCACUCACUCUGUACCACUCUACCUCGUUCACUUUCUAUGUUAUAUUACUGGUGGCCACGUAUACACGAAGGAUCCGCUUCGCGAACAGUGCUAUGCUUUUAAGGCUGCGAUCGAGGCACUCGUCGCUGCCACCAACGUUGUCAUCGUCAUCGUCAAAAGCUUUAUUCUUCAUCUUUUCUUCUACGUCUUCUUCUUCGUCUUCCGUUUCUUCAACGUCAACGAAUUCGGCCGCCACGCUGCCGCCGACCUUGUCCUUGCUCUUGUUCCUUGACCAUCGCAACCAUUGCUACUUUCUUCAACAGGAUUUUCAUCAGUGGUCAUUGUACACGGAGGAUAUCCUCGGACCCUCUAGGAAAGAUCACUCAAGGUUUUUCUAAUUCGGGGCCACGUAUAUAAUCGAGGCCAGACACGAGAUUGACUUUUCAACGAAGUUACAAGAAUCACUUAUGGAAGGAAUGAGAACAGGGUGAAAGAAGAUAAACGCAUUGACGAUAAUCGACCAGCUGUCCCGAAGAUUCAUCAACAAACUGGUGCAUUCUCAUGGCAGCACGGAAACUCGCAGCCCUCUUCGCCGCGGUUCUACAACUUUGCUUAUGUCAAAUUACCCCGGAAGUUGUACCAGAGUUCCUAGCCCCUUUGGAAAAUCACACAGUAAUCCAGGGUCGUGACGUGUCGUUCACUUGCGUUGUGAAUCAUUUACAAUCCUACAGGGUAGCCUGGAUUAAGUCGGAUUCUAGGGCGAUCUUAGCGAUACAUACACGUAUGGUUACACACAACCCACGGCUAUCUGUCACUCAUAAUGGACACAACACGUGGAAGCUGCACAUAUCGAACGUUCAGAAGAAUGAUUCCGGUAGCUACAUGUGUCAAGUCAAUACUGAUCCAAUGCGAAGUCAGAUGGGCUACAUGGAAGUAGUGAUACCACCGGAUAUAAUGGACGACGAAUCAGCGAACGGUUUGGUGACACAGGAGGGUGGUAACUUGAGGCUUAGAUGUAUUGCAACGGGUCUUCCAAAACCAACGGUCAAUUGGAAACGAGAAGAUGGAAGGAAGAUCAUACUUCGUGAAGAUGGAAAAAAGCAAGUUCUCGACACUUACGAGGGAGAAACUCUGGAGCUUACGGGAAUUUUGCGACAAGAGAUGGGGACGUAUCUCUGUAUAGCCAGCAGUAGUGUGCCACCAAGGGUCAGCAAACGUUACACCGUUUCUGUUCACUUCAAACCAGUGAUCAGAAUACCCAAUCAAUUGGUGGGCGCUCCAGUUGACAGCGACGUCGUACUACAGUGCUACGUCGAGGCUUCGCCGCAAGCUAUGAACACCUGGUACAGGGACUCAGGGGAAAAGCUGCCGACGAACGACAAAUACACGAUGUCGGAGGAGCAGUUGAGCGAUUACUCGUGGCAGAUGAAUCUCACUGUCAAAUCUCUCAAAAAGGGUGACUUUGGUGGAUACGUCUGUUCAACGGUGAACGCCCUUGGAAAUGCGGAUGGAUGUGUUCGUCUCCAAGAGUUGCAACUCGUCGAUAAGACGACGCCGAGCAUUCUGAUGAAAAAUACGGAGACUAGACUACGAAAAAAACCAAUCAUAAAGGAAAAGAAAAAGAUGAAUGGUGGGAAUAAUAACAACAGACGAAAAGUUCAUGCGAUGGGCAGUUAUGAUACGGAUUCGAUAGGGAAUGAAGAUGACCUUGGAACAACGCAAAUAAUGGCCGGUAGUACUUUGCACGAAGGUGGCAAAACUGAUCGGCCUUUGACCUUUCCCUCUGUCUCUCCGCCAUGGAUAGACGUUAACGCAGCGAGUUCUAGGCAAGGUCCGAUUAUUCGAGACAUUAUUUUCCUUCUCCUUCUUUUGUUGAGGUUGACGAGUCUUUUUUAAAAUGAAAAAUCUCGUCAAUUUGUACGAAGCCCAUCGACGACGACGUGUGCUGUCCGUGUUGUGAUCGAGAUCAAAAUGAUUUUCUCUUAUAUAUAUAUAUAUUCUUUUUUUUUUUUUCGUAUCUCUCCCGAUACUCCUAAAUUGUCGUAAUUAUUCGUAAAAUAUGAAGAGAAAUUUUCUUUCGUUUUGUUUUAUUUACUAUUUCACAUAUUUCAAUUUCAAUCUAGAUCAUGCGAUUUUAUUUUUACAUAUAUUUUACUUCUUUUCCUUUGCACUUUAAUUCUUCGUUUUCAUAUUUUUUAUUAUUUGAAAAUAUAAUAUCGCGUUACGACAAAAGCUUUUCUUUCAUUUGUUUUGGCAUUAUUGCGGCAGUAAUGAGAUUAAAAUGAAAACGCACCGUGCGUAUGCGACAAUCCUACGAUAUCAAAUAGAAAUUUUUUCAUUCUGACGGAAUACGAAUAAAUACGUGACUGUAAAUACACGAGCAAUUCAAGUUCAAGCUGAUGAAAUAUCAGAGACGAAAGAAAGUUUAAUUUAUUAUUAGAAUGAGAAGAAUUUAAUCUUCCUCGCACGGAUUCUGUACUGUCCUCGAUUUGUUAUCACAUGAUUUCCCUUGAAAAAUUUUAACUUGAAUAUUUAUUUGAUUUUUUUAAUACAUUUAUUUCUUUUAUUUUAUUUAUCUCUCGUUAAGCGAUGAUUUCGAUUAUCACAUAGAGUCGAUAUACUCUGUAAAAUACGAAAUAAGCAGAACGAGUACGAAAAUUUAAUUUUACAAUUAUUCUUUUAUUUAUCGUUUAAGUUUUAACACGUACACAUACGUAUUUACCCACGUACAUAAAUAUAUCGGUAAAGUUUCUAAAUGAUCUAAGUAAUAUCAUCGAGAAAAUAUUUCCUACGAAACAAAUUUUCUACAUUUUCUUAUGAAUUUAUUUAACGAUAGUUUUCAUAAAUUGCAUCGGCUCUUUCGCAAAUUAGCGUUCGAUAGUUGGCGUCGUUAUAGAUGUAUAAAUCAUAUUUCUUUGAUAAGCUAAUAAUUAAUAAAAAUGGAAAGAGAAAAAAGAAAAAGAAGAGGGAGAGAGAGAGAGAGAGAGAGAGAGAGAUAGAGAGAGAAGAGUACAAUACGGUGAAGCUAUCGUUACCGUAUGAGGAAAAAAAAAUUGAAUUAAAAUAAACAGAAAAAAAAGAACAAGGUCUUCCUUCUAAUCGAUGUAAUAAACAUGAGGACGUAAAUUUUUAGGUCCAUUGAAAAAAAAAAAAAACAAAAAAAAAAACAAAAAAAAAAUAAUAAAAAAUACAAAAAAGAAGCGAACACAAAGUAAUUAUGGUGCGACCAAAAACGAAAGGAUUCUUUCGAUAAAAAAAUUCUGUAAAUACGAAACUGUGAAUGUAUGUGAGUAGACUAACUUGGCUCUCGCGUGCCAGAUAUUAGUAGACCUAUUUAGAUAAACGGAAUUAUUUAAAAUUGUAGAUAACUUUCAGAUGAUAAGUGACAAGAUAUGUCGCUAUUAAUGUAAAAUCGGAUUCGUGAUAAAGAUCAGACGAGAUACCGAUGAAAAUCGAAAGAGAAAUAAUUUGGCCAUUUGCAAUAUUAUCAUUGGAUUUCUUUUCUUUUUUCCAUUUUUCACUAUAUCGCAGAUAAAUUAUAAAUAACAAGUGGAUUCUUUUUCUUCUCUUUUUUCCUUACGAGAACUUAAAGUCAUCAUCGUUAAUUACUAUUAUUAUUGUUAUUAUUAUUCAUCGUAUUUCAAUGCUUUCUUACGAACAAUAUCGUAUAAUCAAUAGAAAUAAUGUAGUCCAAUGCUUAUUAAUAAUUAUAUAUAAUUUUUAUAAUAAUAUUUCGUAUAUGAACAAAAGUAUACAGUAACCGUCUACGUAAAAUUAUGUCGUCUUCCAUAAUAUUUUCUUAAAAAGGGCCUCUAUUGUAACGUGAAGAUGAGAGAAAAAAAAAUAAUAAAAAAGAAGAGGAAGAAGAUGAAGACGAAGAAGAAGAAAGAAGAAAGUGAAAAUGAACGUGGUUAACGAUCGAGAAAAAAAAAGUAUGGCCGAACUUCACAAAGUCGGUACGUAAAUUAUUAUUGAUAGAUAAACUGAUCGAAUUCUGAUAUUCUGUAGUCUCUGUGCGAAGAAGGAGAGGAUACGACAAUAAAUAAAGUAUGAUAGAUUCCCAUCUGAAUGAGAAUAUUUGUUUAAUAAACUCACUGGAAUCUUCCUACGAUAAUGUUAUAAUGACGAAAGAAAAAGAAAAAGGAAAAAAAAAAACAAGAUAAUGCGAGUAUUAAUUAAUUGAUUAUCGUAGAUUGUUAUAGAGAUUUCAAUUUAUAAUUUUAUCCGUAUUAAAAUGACGGGUUUAGCCUUCAAGUGACUCAAGGCGUUACAAAUUUUUAAAUCUCCCAUUAAAAUAUAUUAAUUAUGGACAAAAAAAUACAUAUAUAUAUAUAUAUAUAUAUUUUUUUUUCUUUUUCUCUCGUUUCGAUUGUUCAUGCAAAUGAUGA